CGCGCCCCCACUCCGAUAGAUAGCGACAAAGAGGGGAAACUCGCCGGCGCAUGAUCAAACGAUAUCUCCGGCCUCCAAGCCUUAAAUCGUCCUUUCUCAGGACUAUCCCAACUCCUUCUCGAUACUUUAAGUCAACUGUCGCCUACGCCCCACCCCAGGCUUGGUCAAAGAUGUCUGCCCCACUUCCACCACCUCCAGGCCCUUCAAAUACUCGUCCUCAAUUCCGCCAACAUGACGGAGGUUCUCCUCGAAACCAAAAACGCCGCCGGCUAGAAAGGGCCCCGAAGCCCGUCAAAGAAGGCGGGGCAGAAGAGGUUCUCCAAACAGACAUUUCUUCCCUAAUGUCGGCUUUGGGUCUCACACGCCCAGAAAAGCCCUUCCCAGAACAGGGCCUCCCUCCGAUAUCCAGCGAGAUAGAGCUCACCAUAAAAAUGCUCUCGUCUACUGGUGAUGGUCUAGCAGAGCAUAGUGGGCGAAUAUACGUGGUCCCGUUCUCUAUUCCCGGGGACAUCAUCACAGCAAAAGUAAUCCGACACACGACUACCCAUUCAAUAACCGACUUCCUCUCUGUAAAGAGCCCCUCUCAGGAUCGCGAUGAUUCACUCAUUGGCUGCAAGUACUUCAACACCUGCUCUGGCUGUCAGUUCCAGAUGCUUCCAUACGCAAAGCAGUUGGAACAUAAACGAAACGUGAUUCUAAAGGCUUACGACAACUUUUCCAAUCUUGAUCCGAAACUUUUGCCAGGCAUUGGAGAUACAGUCGGAAGCCCGCUGCAGUACAGCUACCGGACAAAAUUGACACCACACUUUGACGGUCCGCGCAGAGGAGGAUUUAAAGCUGGGGCUCCGACACCAGAUAUUGGUUUCAUGAUUAAAGGUCGGAGACAAGUGUUAGAUAUUGAAGAUUGCCCAAUCGGAACGGAUAUUUUAAGGAAAGGGAUCAAAACCGCUAGGAAGUAUGUAGAGGAGAACCUCCAUACCUACAAACGCGGCGCUACCAUACUACUCCGAGAAAGUACAACCAGGAGGCCAAGAGAGGAAGGUGAAGAAGGAAAUACGAAAUGGGUUGAGGAGAAGGAAUGUAUCACGGACAACAAUGCUCAAACUACAGAAUACAUCGGGGAUUACAAGUUUGUGAAUCCAGCUGGGGCUUUCUUCCAGAAUAAUAACUCUAUACUGCCAGCUCUGCACUACCCAGUACUCACCACCUCUCCCGACGGCACCAGAACUACUAUUUCUACCUCUCCGAAGUACCUAGUAGAUGCCUAUUGUGGAAGUGGCCUCUUUACAAUCCUCUGUGGCAAGAACCUAACAAGCGUAAUUGGGGUGGACAUCGCAGCCGACAGCAUAGCCUAUGCAAGUUCUAACGCAGCUGCAAACAACAUCGAAAACGCCCGUUUUAUAGCUGGCAACGCAGAAACGAUUUUCGAAUCAAUAGACUUUCCUAGCACCGAAACGAGCGUGAUUAUCGAUCCCCCGAGAAAGGGUUGUGAUAAGCCGUUUCUAGACCAACUCCUGGAAUUUAAACCGAAGAGAGUGGUUUACGUUAGCUGCAAUGUCCAUACUCAAGCGAGGGACUUGGGGUAUAUACUAAAUGGGAAGGGCAGUGGCUAUAGAGUUGAUGAAAUUCGCGGAUUUGACUUUUUUCCGCAAACACAUCAUGUUGAAGGAGUUGCCAUUCUCACAUGGAUUGGCGAGGAAGGGAUUGCAAGCCUCCCAGAGGAUGUUAAUAAUGGAUAA